GCGCGUGUCCUCAUCAGUAAGAUAUUACAAGGGCAGCCCCGGGAGUGGAGCUUGGUUCAGUCCUACAGUAUCUGGACCGGACCGAGGCGGGCAGAAGGCAGAAGAGUAAGGCGGAGGAGAUGGAGGACAAAGAGAAAAAGAAGAAGGCUGAAAACUCCUCCAAGAACGACAGAGUCACGCUGAAAAAAGAAAUUGGACUUCUGAGCGCCUGCGCUAUUAUCAUCGGAAACAUCAUUGGCUCUGGAAUAUUCAUCUCACCUAAAGGAGUGUUGGAGCAUGCCGGCUCUGUGGGGCUGUCACUCAUUGUCUGGGUUUGUGGAGGGGGGAUCUGUGCCCUUGGGUCCUUGUGCUACGCUGAACUGGGUGUCACCAUCCCAAAGUCUGGAGGAGACUAUUCAUACGUGACAGAAAUCUUUGGAGGGCUAGUGGGCUUCCUGUUGUUAUGGAGUGCCGUCCUCAUCAUGUAUCCGACCACGCUUGCUGUCAUCGCGCUCACCUUUUCCAAUUACGUCUUGCAGCCUGCCUUCCAGAACUGCCUGCCUCCGUUCAUCGCCACCAGACUCCUCGCCACCAUCUGUAUCUUAUUCCUGACCUGGGUGAACUGCUCCAGUGUGCGCUGGGCGACAAGGAUCCAGGAUGUUUUCACUGUAGGAAAACUCCUCGCUCUAGUACUCAUCAUAGUGGUAGGACUCGUCCAAAUCUUUAGAGGUCACUACGAUGCCCUACGGCCCAGUGUGGCCUUUGAAUUCAGUCAGGAUCCCUCUGUGGGACAGAUAGCGCUGGCCUUCCUUCAGGCCUCCUUCGCCUACAGCGGCUGGAAUUUCCUCAACUAUGUUACAGAGGAGAUUGUGGAGCCACGCAAGAACCUGCCCCGUGCCAUUUACAUUUCCAUCCCACUGGUGACCCUUGUCUACACUAUGACCAACAUUGCCUACUUUUCCUCCAUGACUCCUGAAGAGCUGCUGGCCUCCAACGCUGUGGCAGUGACAUUUGGUGAAAAGCUCCUGGGGAUGUUUUCCUGGGUGAUGCCGAUCUCUGUAGCACUGUCCACCUUUGGAGGAAUCAACGGAUAUCUGUUUACCUCCUCCAGAUUGUGUUUCUCUGGAGCCAGAGAGGGUCACCUGCCCUACCUUCUAGCUAUGAUCCACUUAAAGUCCUGCACUCCGAUCCCUGCCCUGCUGGUCUGCUGCAUGGCCACCAUAGUCAUCCUGUGCAUUGGAGAGACACACAACCUGAUCAACUAUGUGUCCUUUAUCAACUAUCUGUCCUAUGGGGUAACCAUUGCUGGCCUCCUCUACCUCCGCAAGAAGAGACCAAACCUGGUCAGACCCAUCAAGGUAAACAUGUUGAUCCCCAUCACCUACUUAAUAUUCUGGGCUGUGCUGCUGGGCUUCAGUCUGUAUUCUGAACCAGUGGUUUGUGGCCUGGGAAUGGUCAUCAUGCUGACUGGAGUCCCUGUGUACUUUGUGGGUGUUCAGUGGAAGAACAAACCCAAAUGUGUAGACAUGCUAGUCGAAAGAGUCACGUACAUGGGCCAGAAGGUGUGUUAUGUGGUGUUUCCUCAGGAAGACCCUUCAGAGACUGAACCCCUCACUGCCUCAAAAGCCAUCGACUGAGCGGGGCAGUCAACCAGGAAUUCCCUUUUUACAUCAACACCAGCACAUCCAGUUUUGCGCUACAGUUUGUCAUAUCGGUCAGUUUGUUGAAGGUGAAGACAUGGUUUUGUCCAUGUUCUUACACAGGUGCAGACUGAUUGGGGCUGCGAUGGAGCUCCAGUAUAAAAUAAAUGGAUUUUAGGGCAUUAGCAUGUUAAACCCUAAAGCUGCGGAAUAUGUUUUUUUGAUGUUGGAUGGUACCGUUCCUCCAUUCCCUUUACCAGGAUCUUUAUCUCAUCCUCUCCCUCAAAGAACCUCCAUCUGUCAUCUUAUGCUUCACUUCCAGGAUAUUCUUUUACGACUUUAACAAAAUCCUUGAGCUAAUGUGCCUUAUGAAAUGGAUAUAUAUUUGUUUAGUGUAUUGGUUUGUGCGGGUAUUUUGAUUGUGUAAUAACUUUUUUGAGGUAAAUAUGCAAGCAGUUUCUGCACUUAGCGAUACUUCUCUUUUACUGCUGCUAUCUUUAGCUUUCUCUCACUAAAUAUUGUCAUUGCUGUUUUUUAAUGUGGAUGAGGAUUUUCCUGUCUGUAUCUCUGCCUGGCAACAGUAUCUGGCCAUUCUUUUUACUUUAUUCUUUAUUAUAGCACUCCUUUUUCCUGAAAGAGACUAUAGGUACCUUCAUAUUAUUAUUAGAGAGAUUACCCCACACCCAUCACCAAAAAGGAUGGCGGGAAGUUUGUGGCUGUCAGCUGGACGAAGGGCUGCCUCUCAGAAUGAAGCUGCAUUAAUACAACACGUCGACAGGCUUCGGAAAUAAUCUCACUGCCACUGUGAACUCUUUCAAAGUGCCUGACCUGCCAAGACAGUUGUUGGAUUCCAGAUUUUUGACUUGAUGUUUUGAUACAGAAUCAGAAACAGUGCUUAACAUUAACAUGUUGUUAGAUAACAUAACCAGAAUCCAUAUUGACAGAUGGGUGGCUGGCAGUUAAUGUUUACUUGUGCAUUGGUCUGCUUCCACUUCCCCAAAAGCACAUCAUUACUGCAAUUAGCCCCUGGCCCACUGACUUACUUUGGUAUUAUUGACAUCAUAUAGUUGAACUGAUUAUAGUCCCAUUGGCCUAUUAUGACCUUUUGGACUUUCUGGGAAAAUACUGACUUAUUACAGCCCCAUUCAAAUUUACCUCCAAAUGAUUAUGGCCAGAUUGAUUUCAUUACUAGACUUAUGGUACCGCUACGCAGUAUGCUAAUUUACUGUGCUCCAGGUGAUAUGGGUGUAUACAAGUAUUUAACUAAUCUCUGAUCGCCCUCAGCUGUUUAUGUUGUACAUACAGCGGAACAUGUGAAGGUUUGUUUAACAUGAUGUAAACCAGCAGGUUGGAGUUUGAAUUGAAUAUUCAGUCCUUUACCAGCCCAGCAGAGGCUAGGAAUUCUCCCCUGCAUCAAAUCCACUAAAGACACUCACACCUUUAAAUAACAACAAUGUCCGUGUGCCAUGUCCAGGCGCUGUUAGCUCAGCUGAGAUCUGUAAAUACUUUUUAAAGAAGAAAAAAGUGUCACAAAUGCGCCAGAGACUCCUACAAAGAUCACAUUCCUCAGACAUGUUGUGACACGCUGUGUGCACCUCUGUGUUUUGUAAGAGUGUGAAGUUGUACAAGAAUAACAAUGUUAGUACUUAUUAAAAAUAGCUACAUCUAA